AUGGAACGCAAGAAAACGCUGACGAUGAAUUGGGCCGGCCUCAGCGACGACAACGAGGACGAGCACUUCUUCGAGAUCACUAACCGCCUCAACACGAUUUGUCACCGUGACUUGGCUUCUUCCUCCGACGACGAUGAGGAAUUCGAAGACCCCCGCACAUCGUUCUCCGCAACCAUGUCUACCACACAAUAUCGAACAUUCUCACGAAUGUUUACAAGAACAGCCUCCAUUCAACCCACCCCCAAUUACGACAUUUGGAUGGCUGCACCAGGAUCCAUCACAGAAAGACGAAGAAGAUUACUUGGAAGCAUGGGAUUGGAUGAAAACAAAGUCUCAUUAAAGGUCACCAGUUUCGCUCUUGAUCGUGCUGUCACCAAGAAGCUCGAUAAAAUGAAUAAGAAGGCUCCUAUCCCUAUUCCUGUUCCGCCUCGUUCUACAACAAGGGCCCCACGUUUGUUAGAAGAAGUGGCUGUUGGUUCCUCUCCUUCCCUUCCUUCCAUUUCAGAAGAGCAAGAAACGAAGCAUGCCCCUGUUUUGUUCUGCUUGGUGCGAUCACGUUCCGAAGGGGAUAUUGAGAUGAUUUCCAUGGCGAAAGCAAGGAAAGAGGAGUUCAUUGGGAAGGUUUCGAAGCAGCGAUUAACAAGAACCUCGUCGGAGAUAGUAAUGCCUCGUGCUAAGAUGGUCCCCGCCGCAAUGGUCCUGAAGGAUCCUGCGGAGGUGAAGGCAAGGGUGGCCAAUCAUAACCGGAAGUCUUCGACGGCGGCGGGGGCAGGAGUGGGGGCUUUCUUUCUGAUAAAGAAUUUGGAUACCGGGAAGGAAUUUAUUGUGAAGGAAUAUAGCGAAGACGGAAUGUGGAAUAAACUAAGUGAUUUGCAGACGGGGAAGCAGUUAACGAUGGAUGAGUUUGAGAAAACUGUGGGGCAUUCGAAAAUUGUCAAGGAAAUGAUGAAGCGAGCCAAGGUGGGGAAGAAGGAAGGUAUAGGAAAGAUAUUAUCAUCGAGUUCGAUUUCAAAAAGUUUGAAAUUAAGCAAGAAAAAGGGAGCUUCGUUCAUAAAGAAUGUGAAAGGUGCUGCAAGUAAAAGUUUUGGCGGGGAGAAGGAACUUAAAGAAGCUGGAGGAAUUCUAUCACAACCAGUGUCGGCAGAAUCGAAAGCAACACAACAAGGGAAGAAUGAUUGGGUGAAAGUGCGACAAAUUGGAAAGUCAGAGAAGGAGCUUUCGGCAUUACAUUUGUGUCAAGAGUUUCAAGCACAUGAAGGAGGGAUUUCGAUCAUAAAGUUUAGUUUGGAUGGAAGGUUUUUGGCAAGCGGCGGAGAAGAUAAAGUAAUUCAUGUGUGGGAAGUACAAGAAUGCGGUCUUACGCCGUCUAUACCAGGGCAAACAGAGGCUCCACCAGACAAGAAGAAAAGAGGGAAAGGGAGCUCAAUUCCAGAUUGGGUACAAGUCCCUGAGUUUGUUUUUAACCUUUCGGAGAAGCCAUAUUGCUCUUUUAACGGUCAUUUGGAUGAAGUCUUGGAUUUGUCCUGGUCCAAAUCAUUACUUCUAUCCUCUUCGAUGGACAAAACAGUGAGAUUAUGGGACCUAGAAACUAAAGCAUGCUUGAAGUUCUUUGCACACAACGACUACGUAACUUGCAUACAGUUCCAUCCUAUAGACGAAAAUUAUUAUAUUAGUGGCUGCCUUGAUGCUAAGGUUAGAGUAUGGAACAUCCCUGCACGUCAGGUUGUGGAUUGGACAGACAUCGAAGAAAUGGUUACUGCAAUUACUUACACCCCGGAUGGCCAUGGUGCUAUAGUUGGUACGAUUAAAGGGGAUUGCCGCACUUUCAAAGUACAAGAUCACCAGUUAAGUGACCCAGGGACAAUUAACUUCACACAGAAGAAGAAAUCUCAGAUUAAAAAGAUUACUGGUUUCCAAUUUGCCCCAAGGAACACAUCAGAAAUUCUUAUUACUUCAGGCGAUUCUAGGAUAAGAAUAGUGGACGGUUCAAAAGUCCUUCACAAGUUCAGAGGUUUUCGAAAUGGAAAUAGCCAAAUUGCAGCUUCAUUUAGUCCAAAUGGAAGAUACAUAAUCAGUGCAAGUGAGGAUUCUCAAGUAUUUGUUUGGAAAUAUGAAGAGCCUCGUAAUGCAAACGCUGCAAAAGCUAAGACUAUAACCGUGACCCAAUCUUAUGAACAGUUCCAAUGUAAAGAUGUAACAGUAGCAAUACCAUGGCCUUGUACAAUUAAGAGUGAUCCAUCACAAGCGCCAGUGAUUAACAACGCAAAAAAGAACACAAAACGCGGCGGGGAUGAUAAUAAGAAAGCGUUGCCUCCUCUUCCAAAGAAAAACAAUAACCACGGAAAUAACGGAACUGAUGGUAACGUAGCCUCGGCCGCACCGGAUCACGACUCUUCAGCAUAUUCAAACGCAGAAUCAGGCGUUGGAGAUUCAUCUAAUAAAGUUGAGGCCACAGUAGAAGGUGAUGGCACUUCUCAAGAAGAAGGUGAGGCAGUUUCUAGGGAUAAUUCAGGAUUAGGUGAUUCAGUUGCAUCAAGUUCUGCACCAAAUGGUCAUGGCGAUUCAUCUGCUACAACUGCUGCUACUGCAUCUUCAAAUUUUUUGUUAAGUGAUGUUAGCAACAAUAACCCUGCUACAAUGAAUCCUUCAGCAUGGGGCUUGGUGAUUGUGACAGCUGGCUUUGAAGGUGAAAUACGGUGUUACCAAAACUUUGGGUUGCCAAAAAAAUUGGGGCUUCAAGCCAAUCUUUUCGGAGGCCCUACAUAA